GUGAACAAGCUAUUUUUCAUUUCACCGAUCUCAGAAACAUAUCUGAAAAUGAUGUUAAUACACACGGAUAAGACCAAAUGGGGCUGCGAAGAGGGGGUCUUCUCGUGUGACUGAUAUCUCAGCCGAUCCAAUGAAGGUCCUCCUGUAUGUCAGUGCCAAUCCUCCUGACGUGCAUCACAUGUCUCAGGCGACGCGCGCCUGUGGGAGGGAUUUCUCUGCAGAUUGGAGCAGUUAGAUAGACGGCAGUGUGAGUCUGAGGGAGAUCGAGAGAGCGAGGGGGUCUCAGGCACCGUUCGGAGAGCAUUAUCUCCUUGGGCUGAUUUUCCAUUCACAAUGAAAGCAACUGGACAGUCUGAAAGGAAUGGCUUGUGAAUUAUCCUGCCACCUGCAGUCGGGCAUCCUCCUUGUCUGAAGGACAUCAUUGUUUAUGGGAACUAUUGGCAUUGUCUCCUGAGGAUAUAGCUCUCCUUUUGGGACGCCAUUUUCCACCCUUGCUGAGAAGCAGUGUAGCCAGGAGAUGGCUAACAACUCAUACAGUGGGGUGAAGAACUCUGUGGCUGAGCCCAAUCAUGAAGGAGAGUUUGGCUGCUCGCUCAAAGAGCUGCGCUCUCUUAUGGAACUGCGGGGGGCAGAAGGAUUAGACAAAAUCCAUGACACUUAUGGGGACGUUAAUGGACUUUGCAGCAGACUGAAAACAUCGCCUGUUGAUGGUUUAAGUGGGCAGCCCUCAGAUAUUGAAAAAAGAAAAGGAGUGUUUGGACAAAACUUUAUACCCCCCAAAAAGCCAAAAACCUUUCUUCAGUUAGUAUGGGAAGCAUUACAAGAUGUAACAUUGAUUAUUUUGGAAGUUGCAGCAAUAGUUUCUUUAGGCCUUUCUUUUUAUAAACCUCCGGAUUCAGAUAGUAAAAACUGCGGGGAGGCAGCUGGAGGAGUGGAGGAUGAUGGAGAAGCAGAGGCAGGGUGGAUAGAAGGAGCAGCUAUCCUCCUGUCUGUUGUUUGUGUGGUGCUCGUGACGGCAUUUAACGACUGGAGUAAGGAGAAACAGUUUCGUGGCUUACAGAGCCGCAUUGAACAAGAGCAGAAGUUUACGGUGGUUCGGGGAGGACAAGUCAUUCCAAUCCCUGUGGCCGAGAUCGUCGUCGGGGACGUUGCACAAGUUAAAUAUGGUGACCUCCUGCCUGCUGAUGGUGUUCUCAUCCAGGGCAACGACCUCAAAAUAGAUGAGAGCUCACUAACUGGAGAGUCUGAUCAUGUGAAGAAAUCACUGGAGAAAGAUCCUAUGCUGCUGUCAGGUACUCAUGUAAUGGAGGGCUCUGGAAAAAUGGUGGUCACUGGUGUCGGAGUCAAUUCCCAAACUGGAAUCAUCUUCACGUUAUUGGGGGCGGGAGAGGAUGAAGAGGAUGAUGAUGAGAAGGAGAAAAAAACAGAGAAAGAACGAAAAAAAGAGAAGAAAAAUAAAAAGCAGGAUGGCUCUGUGGAGAACAGAAAGAAAGCUAAAGCCCAAGAUGGAGCUGCAGUGGAGAUGCAGCCUCUGAACAGUGAUGAAGGGGCUGAGGGUGAAGAGAAGCGAAAAGCCAAUUUGCCAAAGAAAGAGAAAUCAGUUUUGCAAGGGAAGCUGACCAAAUUAGCAGUCCAAAUUGGCAAAGCAGGUCUGGUGAUGUCUGCCAUCACAGUGAUCAUCUUGGUGGUGCUGUUUGUGGUGGACACUUUCUGGGUCCAGGGACUUCCCUGGGAGAAAGAAUGCACGCCCAUUUACAUACAGUUCUUUGUCAAGUUCUUUAUCAUCGGUGUGACAGUGCUGGUGGUGGCUGUUCCAGAGGGUCUUCCACUGGCCGUAACAAUCUCGCUGGCUUAUUCUGUGAAAAAAAUGAUGAAAGAUAAUAAUUUGGUGAGGCAUCUUGAUGCCUGUGAGACCAUGGGCAAUGCCACAGCCAUCUGUUCGGAUAAGACGGGUACUCUGACUAUGAACAGGAUGACUGUUGUACAGGUCUUUGUGGCAGACAAGCACUACAAGAAGGUCCCUGAACCCAGUGUAUUUCCUGCCAGCACCUUGGACUUGCUCAUACUGGGCAUCAGUGUCAACUGUGCUUAUACCACCAAUAUCAUGCCCCCUGAGAAGGAAGGAGGCCUAAAUCGUCAGGUGGGCAACAAAACUGAAUGUGCCUUGCUGGGUUUUGCCUUGGAACUGAAAAAAGACUAUCAAGCUGUCCGCAAUGAAAUCCCUGAAGAGAAGCUUUACAAAGUCUACACCUUCAACUCUGUAAGGAAAUCCAUGAGCACUGUGCUAAAGAAUGCUGAUGGAAGCUUUCGGAUGUUCAGCAAAGGAGCCUCUGAGAUUCUGCUGAGGAAGUGUCAUAAGAUCCUGACAGCAACAGGCGAAGCAAAGGUUUUUCGGCCCAGGGACAGAGAUGACAUGGUGAAGAGGGUGAUCGAGCUCAUGGCCUCUGAGGGCCUGAGGACCAUCUGCCUGGCUUACAGGGACUUUCCCGCUUCUGAAGGAGAACCAGACUGGGAUAAUGAGAGUGAAAUCCUCACUAGGCUCACCUGUGUGUGUGUGGUGGGCAUUGAAGACCCAGUCAGACCAGAGGUCCCUGAUGCCAUUAGAAAGUGCCAGCGUGCGGGAAUCACAGUACGCAUGGUCACCGGGGACAACCUUAACACUGCCCGUGCCAUAGCAACUAAAUGUGGCAUCCUGCUGCCAGGAGAUGACUUCCUCUGCAUAGAGGGCAAAGAGUUCAACCGCCGGAUCCGCAAUGAAAAGGGAGAGAUUGAACAAGAGCGAAUUGAUAAGAUAUGGCCUAAACUUCGGGUCCUGGCUAGAUCUUCACCAACAGACAAACAUACACUAGUCAAAGGUAUAAUUGACAGCACUGUUGUGGAGCAGAGGCAGGUUGUGGCGGUAACAGGAGAUGGCACCAAUGAUGGCCCUGCCUUAAAAAAGGCCGAUGUUGGGUUUGCCAUGGGCAUUGCCGGCACAGACGUGGCAAAAGAAGCCUCUGACAUCAUCCUCACUGACGACAACUUCAGCAGCAUCGUCAAAGCUGUCAUGUGGGGGAGGAACGUGUAUGACAGCAUUUCAAAAUUCCUCCAGUUCCAGCUCACCGUAAAUGUGGUGGCUGUGAUCGUGGCCUUCACUGGAGCUUGCAUCACACAGGACUCUCCUUUGAAAGCUGUACAGAUGUUAUGGGUGAAUCUGAUUAUGGACACAUUUGCCUCUUUGGCCUUGGCCACUGAACCCCCCACUGAAUCUCUUCUGCUAAGGAAGCCUUAUGGUCGUAAUAAGCCCCUCAUCUCCAGGACAAUGAUGAAGAACAUAUUGGGUCAUGCUGUCUACCAACUCACCAUCAUCUUCACUCUACUCUUUGCUGGUGAGAAGAUGUUUGACAUAGACAGUGGACGUAACACCCCUCUUCAUGCACCCCCUUCUGAGCACUAUACCAUUGUCUUCAACACCUUCGUGAUGAUGCAGCUGUUUAAUGAAAUCAAUGCACGCAAGAUCCACGGAGAACGGAAUGUCUUUGAAGGCAUUUUCAACAAUUUGAUCUUCUGUACCAUCGUCUUUGGCACGUUUGUCAUUCAGAUUGUGAUUGUGCAGUUUGGAGGAAAGCCGUUCAGCUGUGUGGGGCUGAACAUUGAGCAGUGGCUGUGGUGUAUUUUCUUGGGCUUUGGAUGUCUACUCUGGGGACAGGUCAUCUCCUCCAUCCCCACAAGUCGGCUGAAAUUCCUGAAGACCGCAGGUCAUGGCACGCAGAAGGAGGAAAUCCCUGAUGAAGAGUUGGAGGAGCUGGAGGAACUCGAUGAAAUAGACCAUGCUGAGCGAGAGCUCCGUAGGGGACAGAUCCUCUGGUUCAGAGGCCUCAACCGCAUACAGACUCAGAUGGAUGUAGUGAGUGCGUUCCAGAGCGGAAUUUCCUUUCAGGCAGCCGUCAGGCGCCAACCCUCCAGCGCCAGCCAACAGCACGAUAUCCGAGUGGUAAAUGCAUUCCGCAGCUCGCUGUCACCCUAUGAGGGCCUGGAGAAGCCAGAGUCUCGCAGCUCCAUUCAUAACUUCAUGACCCAUCCAGAGUUCCGGAUAGAAGACUCGGAGCCUCACAUCCCCCUUAUCGAUGACACAGACGCAGAAGACGAUGCCCCCACUAAGAGAAAUGCAACACCCACCCCUCCUCCCCCACCUUCACCCAAUCAGAACAAUAAUGCCGUACACAGUGGAUUCCACCUCUUCCUGGAUCCUAGCAAGUCAGCCACACCCUCAGCUCCCGGGAGCCCAAUGCACAGCUUAGAGACGUCCCUUUGAUCAGCUCCGCCCCUCAGUACGACAGACAACACCUGUUUGUCUCCCCAGAGACUAAAGCCUGGAGAACUCAUGGAUGAGAGGGGCGGAGCCAAAGAUCUCUUGGGAGCUUAGCUCUUAGCUUUGGCUUCUCUUUAUAUGGAUGGUGUUGAACGUUAUUCAAACAUUGAUUUCUGCAUUAUUUGGCUGUUAAUAUUUUGAAUUAUUUAUGUUUUUUUGGAAGACACAGGUCUGUUUACAAAGUUUGUAGAUACUUUUUUUCCUUCUGUUCGUUGGUGGAAGAGCUUCCUGGUACAGAGAAAUGGGGACAGAUAUUUCAGAUACUGCUGUAUUUUCAGGAAAAAAGGGUGUUUCUAUGGAAACUGAACUAUUUUUGCCUGCAAAUUUUAUUUGUUAUAUAUUUGUAGAUACAUAGAAUCUUCUAGCCAAAUAGAUAACACCAAGGCUUGUAUAGCAAUGAGCAGAGAUAUUGAGAUCCAUGGGUGGUUUUUAAUUGGACUGGGAGGGGGGCUUUAAUUGAAGAUUAAGUUUUUGUCUUAGAUAGAAUUGUUCAAACCGUUCAAAGGAAAAAUAAAAGAAAAAAGUGACUUGUUUUCAAACUUAUUUUUAUUUUCAUAUUUAACUUUUUUGGAAAAAAAUGUUUUCCUGUGUUUUGUUUGUUGAUCAUACAAAAAAAAAAAAAAAAAAAAAAAAAAGUCUUCAUAUUCCAUAAAGAUUCAGUUAAGUCAGUUAAGAAAAUAUUGCUGCAGUUGAGUAUAUAUUUAAGACCUGAAAUACUGGAAACACUAAGGAAUCAACAUGAACAGGCAUACACUGGUAUCACAGCACAGGGUACUUUAUGUCAGAUCCCUAAGGAACAUUUUGAUACAGACCUUAUAAAUAAAUUGUAUUUUUAUGCGGGGGCACCUCAACCUGCUGAACCAGAAAUACAGGGAUUUUACAUAAAUUAUAUUCACAGGGGGGUGGGGCACUCUUCAAAUAAGGGUUGUGAUUGGUUCUCCAAGUAAUACAAUACUCAGGGUGGCUUAUAGCAUGAAACUUGUGGUCAAAAUACUAACAUGUUUUGUGUUUUUUGUAAUGUUUAGGAAUAGAUUUAAUUUUUGACAGCAGGGUUCCAGUUUAGACUUGCUUUUCUGCUCUCAUUGGUUCAAUAAGAGUGUAAAGUAAAAAAGAGGAAUACAGGAGGAAAGGAAUUCGGAUUUCUUCAGUCAUCACAACCACAUUUUUUUAUUUUUUUUUUAUGUUUAUUAAACAAAAA